CGUCUGCGGCAUUUGUGCGCAUGACGGAAUUAAUUUCAAAUUCUGGCGCACAAAAAAUGUCACGCUGUGUGUUUCUCUUGUUGGGAAUCCUUAUUGAAGGUGUGGUGGCUGUGAUCCAAACCCAGCAGACCGUGAUGGCAGCGGUGGGAGACCAGGCCUCUCUGAGCUGUCAACUCUCUAAAACCAAAGAUGUCCUCCAGGUCACCUGGCAGAAGGUCGUUCCUGGUGGAGAGAAGAACCUCGCCACCUACACCAAGAAGUUUGGCUCCAGAGUGAGUGCAGGUCUGGAGGAGAAGAUGGAUUUCCAGUAUGAGUCUCUGCAGAGCUGCUCCAUGGUGAUCAGGAGGGUGACGGGUCAGGAUGAAGGCUGCUACCGAUGUUUGUUCAACUCUUAUUCUGAAGGAGCACUGAUAGGCUGGACCUGCUUAAAACUCUGUGAGCUGCAUGGACCCUUCAUUGAUGUCAGCAGAUCAACUCUCCUCCAGGGUCGGUGGGUGACCUGUUCAGCCACAGGUCAACCUGCUCCCAUUGUAACACUGACUGUUCUCCAUCAGAACCUCAGCUUCUCUCACUACAACACCAGCAAAGUGAUCAACACCAACGGUACCAUCACUUCCACCACUACAGCUCUGCUCUCAGCUCUCAGCAACACACAGGUUGGAUGUUCAGUAUCACUGGACUCUGCUGCUGUCAGAGAGCUGCUGGUCAUCGUUCCUGGAUUCACAGAGACGUCUGAAUAUGAGCUGCAGAAACAAUCUAGUGUACGUGUUGACAAGACUGACGAGUCUCAAGGUCUGAAAAUCCCCUUGAUCCUUGGAGUUGUUGCUGUCAUAGUUGUGACUUGUUUCGCUGUUGCAUUCAUCGCCUUCUGGAGACAUAAAAAUGUCCAUUACAGAGACGAUGAGAAUAACAAAACACCGUUGAGACCAGAACCAUCAGACAGGAACAAAACACCUUCAAUGAAACUGACGAAUGAGGUUAAACAGCGACAUUCUGCCAAGAAAAGUCCAGAAAGCAACAAUCUCACAAGAUUUCCUUCAGUGGCAAAAAAACUGGAUCUUUGACAAGAGCAUCUAAGAUCCAGUUGAUCGUUCAACUGAAUGGAUCCCUUUUGGAAAUCAAUUUGUUGGAUGAACUACACACUGUGCUCCUGUGUUUGUAUUCCCUUUCAAUUCAUAUAAAGAACUUUGAAUUGUCUUUUUGCUGUAAAUAUUCUAUGGAAAUAAAAGUUGAAUGUA